AUGGAAUGGGUUUCAGGCAUAAUUUUCUUCAUAUUCAUACUUGGUUUGAUAUGUUCUUGGAAGCUGUUGAAUUGGCUGUGGCUUAGGCCAAAGAAGCUGGAGAAGCUGUUAAGAGAACAAGGUCUUCAUGGUAAUUCAUAUAGGAUCUUGGUUGGUGAUGUUAAGGAUCUUUUUAAGAUGGAAAAGGAAGCUAAAUCCAAACCCAUGAAUCUCACACACGAUAUCAUUCCACGUGUUAGUCCUUACAUCCAACAGAGUGUUAAACUUCAUGGGAAGAAUUCAUUUAUUUGGUUUGGAACAAAACCAAGGGUGACUCUCACAGAACCUGAGCAAAUAAAAGAUGUAUUGAACAAGAUAUCUGAAUUUCCAAAGACUAAUUAUAAAAUUUUCAAGUUACUAGCCGGUGGUCUUGCUAGUCAUCAGGGAGAAAAAUGGAGCAAACAUAGAAGACUGGUCAACCCUGCUUUCCAUUUAGAAAAAUUGAAGAUCAUGACACCAUCUUUCUUCACAAGUUGCAAUGACAUGAUUAGCGAAUGGAAAAAAAUGUUGUCUUCAGAUGGGUCAUGUGAAAUAGACAUAUGGCCUUCACUUCAAAAUUUGGCUAGUGAUGCUAUUUCUCGAACAGCAUUUGGAAGUAGUUAUGAAGAAGGAAAAAGAAUAUUUCAACUUCAAAGAGAGUUAGCUGAAUUACUAAUGAAAGUUGUAACAAAAUCUGUCAUUCCAUUUUGGAUGUUCCUACCUGCUAUUGUCCAUAGAAAGAUGAAUGAAAUUGACAAAGAUAUAAAAUCUUCGCUUAAAGAUAUAAUUAACAAAAGGGAAAAAGCACUAAAGACAGGUGAAUCUACUGCCAAUGACUUAUUGAGUAUUCUUCUUGAAUCAAAUCACAGAGAAAUUGAAGAAAAUGAAAACAACAAAAAUGUGGGAAUGACUCUUGAUGAUGUAGUCGAAGAAUGCAAGUUGUUCUACUUUGCAGGACAAGAGACCACUUCAGUUUUGCUUGUUUGGACAAUGAUAUUGUUGAGUAGAUACCCUGAUUGGCAACAACGUGCAAGGGAGGAGGUAUUGCAUAUCUUUGGAAACAAAAAACCAGACUUUGAUGGCCUAAAUAAUUUGAAGAUCGUGAGCAUGAUUUUGUAUGAGGUUCUUAGGUUAUACCCUCCCGUAGCUGGCCUUGCUCGAAAUAUUGAGAAAGAUGUGAAGCUUGGAAACCUAAUAUUACCCGCUGGAGUGGAAGUUUUCUUACCAAUUCUUUUGCUUCACCAUGAUUGCGAACUUUGGGGUGAGGAUGCUAAGGAUUUCAAUCCUGAGAGAUUUUCUGGAGGAAUUUCAAAAGCAACAAAUGGUAGAGUUUCAUUUUUUCCAUUUGGAUGGGGUCCUAGAAUUUGCAUCGGACAAAAUUUUUCCCUAUUGGAAGCAAAGAUGGCAAUUACAAUGAUUUUGCAAUAUUUCUCAUUUGAACUUUCACCAACCUAUGCUCAUGCUCCAUCCACUUUGGUUACUCUUCAACCACAAUAUGGUGCUCAAAUUAUUAUACGUAAAAUGGAAACAUAA